AUGACGAAAUUCCAGCCGAACACCGAGCCCCCGAAGGGCUUCGCGAUCUUCAAGAAUCUGGAGGGCGUCGCGGGCGAGAGUGAUAAAUUCCGCCGGGUCCUUUGGACGGGCACACACAGCCAGUUGGUUGUGAUGACUGUCCCUGUGGGCGGGGAGAUUGGCGAGGAAACCCAUACCGUCGACCAGCACCUCAUUUUCCUGUCUGGAAAUGGACAGGCCAUCGAGGGCGGAACGAAGAUCACCAACAUUCAUCCUGGUGACCUGGUCAUCGUGCCUGCCGGCACAUUGCACAAUUUCAAAAAUACGGGUCCUACUCCGUGGAUCGUCGCCACCGUGUAUGCGCCUGCGGAGCACAAGGCAGACACCGUCCACGACACCCUCGAGCAAGGGGAGAAAUUAGAGGACGAGGGCAAGGACGAGCCGCCGUCGUGGGCGAGGGAGAAGUAG